AUUGAAUGGUACUGAGAAAGGGUGGACACCAGAAUUCUCUGAAGCUUCAAUACAUCGGAGUAGAAUAGAAUCCUUAAACUUGGAAUGGCAUUCAAUCAAAUUUUUAAGAGAUCAUUCCCUGGGAAAAAAUUUCUAUCCACUCAGACCGACAUAGCGAAUCAUGUGACAUCCGGAGUGGAAAAACAAGCAAUCCUGUGUCCAUUUGCAACAACGGGAAAUGGUAAAAAUCACAGAGAGGCGACAACAGAGGCAAACGACAAUGUACCAUUAGUUCAACCAUUUGAAAGUAUUCCAGGACCAAAGGGUCUGCCAAUAAUCGGCACCCUCUUUGACUACAUGAAAAAAGACGGACCAAAAAUUAACAAACUUUUUGAGGCAUACAGACAAAGAUCUAAUGAAUUUGGGCCUAUUUAUAAAGAGACAAUAGCCAGCCUCUCAACAGUUGUUGUCAGUGAUCCGGUUGAAUACAAUAAGGUUAUCAGAAUUGAAGGAAAGUAUCCUGUAAGGAGUGUGAUGGAGCCAUGGCAUUAUUAUCGGAAACAAAAAAACGUGGGACAGGGGCUCGUGAAUUCAAAUGGUCCAGAAUGGUACAAACUCAGAACAGCUUCUGCCAAAAAGAUGCUUAAGAUUCAGGAAGUCUCAGAAUAUUGCACUGAUAUGAGCGAAGUGGCUGAAGACUUUACUCAAGUUCUGCUAGAGCGAAGAAAUAAAGACAAUGAAGUAGUGGGUCUGAAAGAGGAGGUCUUUAAAUGGGCCAUGGAAUCAAUGGGUACCUUUUUGUUUGACUCCAGAAUCGGUUUGCUUGGUCUCAACCCUCCUCAACAGUCUGUUGAUUUCAUACAAAAUCUACAAGGAUUUUUCAGACUGAUGUCGCCGCUGACGUUCAACUUCCCAUUUUACAAAUUGUUUCCCACGUCAGAGUGGCGACAUUUUCAAAGUUACGCCGACAACGUCUUCAGGAUCGGGAGAUCGUUUGUGGACAAGAUAAAUGAAGAAAAACCCAUUAAGCCACAGAGAGGUGAGAAAUCCUCUUUUGUACAACACAUACGGAGUCAGGAAUCCCUCAAUGAAAACGAGGCUCUCUCUACCGUUGUAGAUCUGUUAGUUGGAGCUACAGAAACGACGUCUAAUGCCUGUCUAUGGGUGAUAUAUUGCUUGGCUAGACAUCCAGAGGUCCAGGAAAAGCUUUACAACGAGACGGCUAAAGUUUUACCAACCGGAGAGAAACUCACAGCGGACAAGCUCUUACAGCUUCCGUAUGUGAAGGCCGUUUUCAAGGAGACAUUAAGGCUCUAUCCAAUUACGUUUUCUACAAGUAGAUAUAUGGAUAAAGAUAUUGAAAUUGCUGGAUACAAUGUACCAAAAGGGAUUCACAUUCAGUGCAACCUAUACGGAGUAUACAGAGAUAGCCAGUAUUUUCCAGACCCAGAAACAUUCAAACCAGAGCGAUGGCUGAAAGAAAACCAAAUGGACAAGGACAAGAAAGCGCUAUCUAACUUAGUCUGGGGCCACGGGGCCAGGAUGUGUAUUGGUCGUCGUUUAGCAGAACAAGAAAUCCACAUUUUAAUGACCAAGAUUAUACAGAAGUUUCGGCUAGAGUAUCACCAUGAGCCUGUGGAAGCAAUUCUGAAAACAGUAAUGACACCCGAGCAACCACUGCUUAUCUCAUUCAUUCCAAGGGACUAAAAUCUUCUUGUGUACUUCUUGACUUCAGUACAUAUAUUUGUGAUAUUUGGUAACAUUUUUAUUAUAUUCUGUUUAUAUUGUGAAUGACUAUUUUAAAUGUUAUAAUUUUUGUGAUUUUGUGAUUUCAAAAUUAUAAAUUUUAUGAUAAUGAAACUAAAAUUGAAUUUAAAGUGAUUUUUAAAAAGUUCAUUAAAUAGUCGUUAAUUGAAUGUUUGCCAAAAAAAAUUCAUUUUUUUUUUAUUAUGGCGUACUAAAUUAUACAUAUGAAAUAAAUCGAUGAAUCCAGUUCGUGCUUGUUUUCAUGAAUUGAAGACAUUUUUAAUGGGGAAUACUACGACUAUAACAAUGAAUGUUAUGAGGUUCGUGGCAGACUGGAAUAUAUUUAGCGAAAUAAGACAGUCUAGACUUUGGAACUGAAUGUUAAAGUGGGGUCAUUAUAGGAAGUUAACUAAUUGCAAGUAAUAAAAAUAUAUUCAUUGGAAGAUUCGUAGCUCUGUAGACGGAAUAAUCAGGAAUAAGAUUCGUUAGACAUCAACAUUUAACCAAAUUUAAGCUUAAUGUUUGCAAAAAAAAUGAAAAAUUUACUUAAAUUCAGUUCUUUGAUGCAAAAACUUAGUUUGUAGUAGUCUAGACAUACAUGUAUAUAUGAUGUGAAUAUUUCAUCGUAGUUAUAUAUGUAUUACAAAUCAUAAGGAAGACCGCAUCGUCUGGUUUUUAAUUUGAACGAAAAAUACUGUUG